AUGGUGGAAGAGGGUCUUCUCUGGCGACCAACUGCGUCGGGCCGUUGGGAGCGCGACAUCGAUGAAGUGGAACAAUUCUACACAACACUUGCGAGAAGAUUUGCCGGAACAGGACGUGCCUUUUUCGCGCUGACUGCCCACGUUUCAUUAUACAUUGUCCGUGACAGCGAGGACGUAGAGCUGCGUGUGAUCGAUGCUUUGCGGAAAGCAUGGGUAUGUCUGCGAUACGAUCACCCAACUAUCGCGUCCUGGGUGGAAUACAAUCAAGAAGCCAGAAGAUGCAAAAAGAUUUAUGAAGAAUUUUUGAAAACAGACACUAUCCCUCAUAUGAAAGCUUGGCUCGACGACACUUUCAGGCAAGUGACGGACAGCCAGUCCGGCGAGGAAUGGUGCAAUUCAGAUCCACCUGUUCCCAAACUACCCACGCUAUUCAUCGUUAAGCGAAGGGAAGCUCCAGAUCAUGCAUUGAUUCUGGAUGUAAUAUUGAGAUCACAACAUAAUAUUAUCGACGGCAUCGGCGCGCUUCAUUUAAUGGGAAAUCUCAUCCGCUAUGCCGCCCGAGUUUUCAACGAGCCAAACACAUUUGCGAUCCCUGAUUUUGGUGACGAAUGGAAACAUCUCAGUCCGCCGUUAAGAGUCGCAGCCGGUAUCCCGAAUGCCUUACCACCAGAGAAACAAGCAAGGUUCCGGCAGAUCGUGGAAUUCAACACCAUGAUGCGCAAAGAGGCUGAGAUUUCAACAAUCCCGUUUCGGUUUGGCCGUUCUCUACCGGGUCGUCACCAGCGUAUCGCCUUUGCUAUAUCUCCAGAAGUUUCUUCUCGAAUUUUGCUCGCGUGCAAGAAGAUCAACGCUAGUCUUACUCAUGUAUACCACGCCUCAAUCGCCAUGACCAUGCGGGACCUCCAGGAGAGGCGAUCCAAGAAGCGGUCAGUUCGCUACAUUAGCUAUUCCAUGAUGAACGAGCGCAGGCACUGCAAAGAGCCAUUCCAUACGCCUCUUCAUGCAGCAGCAGUCUACCAUUCAGUUUCAGGACAGAGUAUGGCAAUCGAUUUGGAAGUUCCGGACGCCUCCAGCAAUUCUCCCAGCGAAGGCGAAAUACGAGAAGAGAUGCGACGUGUCCUCGCAACGCCCGAAUAUCUGAUUGGCAAUGAGGAUCCACCCGUCCCAGCGCCCAAUCCAACGCCCUCGGCCUCUAUCUCCAGUUUGGGUGUUAUCGACAAUCUCAUCCCUUCACAGCUGGGCCCCUUCGGAGUCGAAAAUCCCUGGGUGACCGGAGAGGAAUUAGGAACAGGACUGGGGGUAUUUCUUGGAACAUUCCGCGGUCGCAUGUGCCUGAGUGCGGCAUACAAUGAUGCGUGGCACGAUAAGGCGGAGGUGAUGAAUUUCGUGGAAAAAUGCCACACGCUAGUCCUAACUUGCCUCAUGAUAUAUCGCGGCUAG